UGAAGACUCAACGCCUCGUACCAACUUCUAGGAUUUGCCGAGAUUUUUCUCCCCAUCUCGAACGCGCAUGUUUUGUUAUUAUCUUUGCUUGCGUUCGCCACUGGAUAAACAGCACGGUGUUCGCUCGUUGAGUUGGCGUAUGAUCGCAUUCAAGCAUCGCUUUUAUUUCGCAGGAUAUUCAUGUUUUUAAAGAUACAAAGGACGCGGUGGAUUCGCUGACGGAAAUCAGAAUUCUGGCGCUGGAUGAGGACGUCGAUGUGAUUUAAACCCGAGCCCCACGCGAACAUUUCUUUUCGCACUGUCAGUAAAAGAAGUGGCCUGACGGAUUUGUUUUAUUAGGUGGAUUUUAAAAAUCCAUCCCAUUUCAGAGUGGGAAAUUAGGACAAGUCGACCUACACCCCUCACAAAGGGGUUCCAGGCAGCCGAGCGUACGGCAUGUUGUUGCUCCGUAUGUUUUUGGCAAAACUGGCACAUGUUUGCGUGUAACCUAGAUAGAGAGGUGGCUUGAGAGAUUUUGUUUGGCUUUGCGUUCUUUAAUAUGGACAGUAUUCUUCUCAUUCGGUUAGCAUAUAAAGUUUUGAGUGAUUUUUAAAUCUCCAUUUUUCUCUAAAUCUCUAUUUCUAUAACAAACUUAACUGAUACAGUAGGCUAUUAGAUUUGGUUUUUCUCAAUUUAAUUAGGCUAAACUGUUCUCGUCUGAAGUUAAGUUUUUUUUCUCUCUCUCAUGACUUGGUGGCUUUUCUCGGUGCUGUGACAACUCCCACCGUGCGAUUGUUUUUUCCCGAUGGGUACAAGACCCAGCUGACGAUUCUUAAACCUUUGCACUGUUUGCCCAUCUUUGUAAACAUUCACAAGUAAAACACUCGUGAUUCCACGAUGGAGCUCUUCUCCAGGAAUGUGGCCGCGCUCUGGAUUAUCCUGCUGGAGUUCCUGCUCAGAUCAGUGGCUGAAGAAGAGGUCCUGAUGAAUACAAAGACAGAGACAUCAGAUCUGAAGUGGACAACAUACUCUCGCUCUAAACCUGAGUGGGAGGAGAUCAGCGGUCUAGAUGAGGAUAACAACAGCGUGAGGACCUAUCAGAUCUGCCAGGCUGACGCCUCGUCCAGUCACUGGCUGCGCAGUAAGCUCAUCGAGCGGCGAGGGGCAUCGCAGGUGUACGUGGAGCUGCUCUUCACCAUGAUCGAAUGCUCAUCGCGGAGCACACACCACCGAUCCUGCAAAGAGACCUUCAACCUUUACUACUACCAGAGCGACACGGAUGACGCCACAGCAACCCACCCAGCGUGGAUGGAGAACCCCUACACCAAGGUGGACACGGUAGCCGCGGACUUCCUGCUGCGUAAAGGUGGAGAGAAGAAGUUUAAUGUCAAAACUCUGCGUUUGGGCCCUUUGACCAAACGGGGAUUCUACUUGGCGUUCCAUGCCCAGGGUGCAUGCAUGGCCCUUCUAUCCGUGCGCGUCUUCUUUAAGAAGUGUCCGGCUCUCACACGCUCACUAUCCGUCUUCCCGGAGACAGUUCCACGCUCGCUGGUCCAGGAGGCAGUGGGCCAGUGUGUGGCCAACGCAGCACAGCCUGGACCCAAUCCCAGACCGCCCAAGAUGUUCUGUGGAGAAGAUGGACAGUGGGUGGACCAGCCCACCACCACCUGCACUUGCCUGCCGGGCUUCGAGGCCAGCCAUGGAGACCUGGAAUGUAGAGCAUGUCCUGUGGGUCAUUUUAAAAUGGAAUCUGGUCCUGGCCCUUGUUCUGUGUGUCCUGACUCCAGUCACACAGGAGAGAUGGGAUCUGCCUCCUGCGUGUGCCGCCCUGGUUUUUACCGUGCCCCUACCGACAAUUCAGAUACACCCUGCACACGUCCGCCCUCGUCCCCGCGCAACCCUGUUCCCCAGGUCAAUGACACAUCUCUCACGCUGGAAUGGAGCGAACCGUUAGACAGCGGGGGCCGUUCGGACCUCACUUACAGCGUGGAGUGUCGAAUAUGCUCGGCUCCUGGGGGCCCCUGCAUGCCAUGCGGGGACGGUGUGAAUUACCGCCCGUCCCAAACUGGGAUCCAGGGCCGGCGUGUGAGCAUUUGGGGUCUCCGACCUCACACCACCUACAGCUUUAGCGUGAUGGCCCUCAACGGGGUCUCUCCUCUGAGCCAGCAGGGCCCCGCGGGGGAGACCAUCAACAUCACCACCAGCCCCAACGUUCCUGUACUGGUGUCAGGUUUGAGGAAGGUCACAGCCACAGAAUCCAGUCUGACGCUGCACUGGAACACACCGACCCAAUCACACUACAGGAUCCUACAGUACCAGCUACGCUAUUGUGAGAAGGAGCGCGGCUCUGAGGAGAACUCCUGUCAUUUUAUGGAGAGUAAUAUCAACGAGGUCGUAUUGAGCGACUUGCGCAGGGCGACACAGUACGAAGUUCAGGUCCGCGCUCGCACCUUGGGCGGCUAUGGCAGCUUCAGUCCAGCUGUCGUCUUUCGGACCCUGCCUGACGAAGAUGAUUCCUCGUCUCCGCUGCUUGUUACCGGGAUCCUUAUAGCCAUGGGCAUGCUGCUCCUCAUCAUCGUCAUUGCUGCUGCAAUCUACUGUAUAAGGAAGCAAAGUCAUUUCAAAGAUCCAGAAAUGAGUGACAAAAAUGGCCAAUAUCUCAUGGGUCAAGGAGUGAAAGUUUACAUUGAUCCAUUCACUUAUGAAGACCCUAAUGAGGCCGUGAGAGAGUUUGCUAAGGAGAUUGAUGUCUCAUGUGUCAAAAUUGAGGAAGUUAUUGGAGCAGGCGAGUUUGGAGAAGUCUGUCGUGGACGGCUGAGGAUUCCUGGGAAGAAGGAGAACUAUGUUGCCAUUAAGACUCUUAAGGGUGGAUACACAGACAAGCAAAGGCGGGACUUCCUGUCUGAAGCCUCAAUCAUGGGCCAGUUCCAGCAUCCCAACAUUAUCCACCUGGAAGGCAUAAUAACAGCCAGCUGCCCGGUCAUGAUCCUCACUGAGUUCAUGGAGAAUGGAGCUCUGGACUCCUUCCUGAGACUCAAUGACGGCCAGUUUACUCCAAUACAGUUAGUCGGCAUGCUACGCGGCAUCGCGUCAGGAAUGAAAUAUCUCUCUGAAAUGAGCUACGUACAUCGUGAUCUUGCUGCACGGAACAUUCUCGUCAACAGUAACUUGGUCUGCAAGGUGUCUGACUUCGGUCUGUCGAGAUUCCUGCAAGAGAAUUCGUCUGAUCCUACGUACACCAGCUCACUGGGUGGUAAAAUUCCAAUCCGUUGGACGGCACCCGAGGCCAUUGCAUUCCGUAAAUUUACCUCUGCAUCAGAUGUAUGGAGUUACGGAAUUGUCAUGUGGGAAGUGAUGUCGUUCGGAGAGCGGCCAUACUGGGACAUGAGUAAUCAAGAUGUGAUUAAUGCCAUUGAGCAGGAUUACCGGCUGCCUCCUCCUCCUGACUGUCCCACUUACCUGCACCAGCUGAUGUUGGACUGCUGGCAGAAGGAGCGGACGGCACGGCCACGCUUUUCCAACAUCGUCUCAGCACUCGACAAGCUGAUUCGCAAUCCUGCCUCGCUUAAAAUCACCGCCCAAGAGGGGGCAGGACCCUCUCACCCUCUGUUAGACCAGCGUUCCCCUCUGACGCCCGCAUCCUGUGGGACAGUGGGAGACUGGCUCAGGGCCAUUAAGAUGGAGCGUUACGAGGAGAGCUUUCUACAGGCUGGGUACACGUCCAUGCAGCUGCUCGCCCACAUCACCACAGAGGAUCUGCUGCGUUUGGGAAUAACUCUGGCUGGUCAUCAGAAGAAGAUUCUGUCCAGCAUUGAGGCUCUUGGGGUUCAAAACAAAACUCCAGGAAAUGUGCUCUACUGAGUGAACCAUCCACACACACAAACGCUUGUUGAAUUGCCUAAGAACCUUCAUGUAACCUACCCACUCACAAUCAGGAACAUUUGUACUUCCUUUUUUACCGGGUCACUUAAGGAUCAAGAUGGCUUACUUGCUUCCAAGACUACCUAAAGGGAACCAGUCCAGGAACCUGUCGGAACUAUCACUGUAAUACCACUAAUAUUACAAAGCUUCAUUUGUGAUAUCAAACGGGUCUCGUAGGGAUGUUACCUCCACCAUUUCAACAUUUUUGGGAGCCACAUGAUGUAAUCCAAAAGGAAAGACUUGCUCUGACAUCAUAAUGCAAAGACAGUGAUGAAGUAUUUCCAUUUUUGCAGAGUAUUUUUCUAAAGGAGACUUUCAUACUGAAGAGACUGAAGGAGGAUAUACAGCAAAAGAUGAGAAAUAUGAUCUUUAUAAUGCAAGAAUUUGGAUACAAGUAUCAGAUUAUUAAUGAUGACUUCUUCAUCCUUCGUAUUAAGGAUGUGCUGUGCGUGAACGGACACAAACUCACACACACUAAGUGCCAAGUAAUUGGUAUUUUGUUUUUAAAAUGAUGCACUCUGUGUGUGAGUGUGUAUGUGAGCAGCAAUAAGAAAAACAAGCACAAAAGUCUUAGCACUUUUUUCUGAAGAGAAAGACAUGAAUGACGUAGAGUUUCCAUUGGUGGAUAAAAUAUGCGAAAUAUACAUGCUUAUACAAAUACACACACACACACACACACGCACACAUAGAUAUCUGCAACACUUGACUGGCACUAAAAAGAGACCAAAUAAAAGACUGUCUGCUGUUUUAUGAGUAGCCGAAAGACUCAAAACGACCUUUGAACGUGUGCCAUACUGUUUUGUUUAUUACGGGAAUGUUGUGCUGGUUUGACUCACCAACUUGAAGCUGGUGUCCAUCAUCAACUAACCACAAGUUUCAAAAGCCACCCUUUCAUACCACACGUGGGUUUAUGGAUUGGAGGAUUUGGUCUUCACAUUGGAGACCCACAAGAACAAACCAGGGACUUUUAUUCUGUUGCCUCUUGUUUUUGUAUAAAUAUAUCUUGAUUUAUGUAAAAAGAUUCAUUUUCUUUGUUAGUGUAAUCUGGGUUUCUGUUACAAUAAAAAUAUACAUUUA